AUGGCAGCAAUUGGAAGGCAGAUAAAUAGGAAGUCAACAUUCAACAGAUGCAGCAAAAGGGGAGUUGAGACGUUCAGAGAUGAUAAGCUUAGCAGAGGAGAAGACAUAUCACAAGAGCUCCUCAAAGCAAUUGAGGAGUCCAGAGUUUCAAUCGUCGUCUUCUCUCAAAAUUAUGCUUCCUCAAGGUGGUGCUUAGAUGAACUGGUCAAGAUACUUGACUGCAGAAAAUCCAAAGGACAGAAGUUUAGAGCUGUUUUCUACAAGGUGGCUCCCUCAGAUGUACGACACCAAACAGGUGCUUUUGGUUACGCAUUUGCUAAAAUUGAUCAAUGCAAAUACAAGGAUAGCAUCGGCAAAUGGAGGAAGGCUCUUGAGGAAGCAGCAAAUUUGUCCGAAUGGACUUUCGAGGAGGGCAGGUACGAGGCUGAAUUUAUCAAAGAAAUUGUUGAGGAUUUGUUCGCCCGAGUAAUAAAUCCUUCAUGUGAGCUGCACGUUGCUGAUCAUCCAAUUGGCUUAGAGUCUUGUGGACAAGAGGUUAACAAACUUUUAGAUGCCGAGGAGAAUAACAUGGUUGGCAUAUGGGGGCCUGGUGGAAUAGGAAAGACCACAAUUGCAAAAGCUGUGUUUAAUUCAAUUCGCCAUAAGUUUGAAGGUAGCUGUUUCUUGGCGGAUGUUAGAUCAAAAAACCUAACCCAACUGCAAGAGACACUUUUGUUUGAUAUUUUAGGGGAAAAUUUGAAGGUGCACAGUGAUGAUGAAGGAGUUGGUUUGAUAAAGACAAGGAUGCGACGUAAAAUAGUUCUAUUUAUCCUUGAUGACGUGAGUGAUUCUAGCCAAUUAAAGAAGUUAGUUCCAUCCCCUGAUUGUUUUAGGCCAGGCAGUAAAAUUCUCAUAACAACAAGAGAUAAACGUUCGCUAAUUGCUCAUGAAGUUAAUGAAGUAUAUGAGGUCGAGAUGUUAGAUGAUCGUCAUGCUUUGCAGUUGUUUAGCUUGCAUGCAUUCAAAAGAAAUCAACCUCGAAGUGAUUAUCUAGAACUUGCACAACAUGUUAUACGCUAUGCCCAAGGCCUUCCAUUAGCUUUGAUAGUCUUAGGCUCUCAUCUAUUUCGUAGAAGCACAGAGGAGUGGGAAGCUACAAUAGGUAGUUGUAAAGGAGGUCCUCAGGCUGAUAUACAGAAAGUUCUCAAACUAAGUUAUGAUGCUCUAGGACGAGAUUUAAAAGAACUAUUUCUUGAUAUUGCUUGCUUCUUUAAAGGUAAGCGUGCAGCCCAUGUGAAACCAAUACUAGAAGCUUGCUACGACCACAAAACAAUGGUGAUUGGUAUUGCACAACUGCAAGAAAAAGCCUUGAUAAGAAUUGACAAAGAUGAUCGGAUUUGGAUGCAUGACUUGAUAGAAGAAAUGGGUAAAGACAUAGUGUAUCAGGAGUCACCUGAUGAACCCGGGAAACGGAGCAGAGUGUGGAGUGAAGAAGAUGUAGCCUACGUUCUAACAAAUAAUACAGGUACAAAUGAAGUUAUAGGCAUUCAGAAUUUUUCAAGGCUAACAUGUAUGAAUUUAAGUGAAUGUGAAUCUCUAAAGAAACUCCCUGACUUGAGUAGAAUCCCUAACUUGAAAUGGUUGAAUUUAAGUGGCUGUGUAUCCCUAAAGGAACUCCCAGACUUCUGUGGAAUCCCGAACUUGAAAGAGUUGGAACUAUAUAAAUGUAUCAGUAUUGUUGAGGUUCCUGAUUCAAUUAGAUUCCUUCACAAGCUUGUUACCUUGAAUGUUGACUAUUGCUCUAAGCUUAUUAUGUUUCCAAGAAAAAUCAACUUGAAAUCUGUAGAAACAAUCUCUAUUAGCUAUUGCAAGCUUGAGGAAUUUUCAGAAGUUGGGGAAGAGAUGGUUUCCUUGAGAAUUUUGAAUCUCAGACGCACUUGCAUUAAAGAAUUGCAUCCGUCCAUUACAAUGCUUAUUGGGUUAGAAAAGUUGAUACUAGAGGAGUGUGAAAAUCUCACAACUCUACCGUGCAACAUUUAUGGGUUGCAGAAUCUAGAGAGUCUUAAAGCGAGUAGAUGCUCAAAACUGGCUACAUUUCCAAAAAUUUCAGUAAAGAUGGAUUCCUUGAGAGAACUCUAUCUUGGACGCAGUGACAUAAGAGAAUUGGAUGAGUCAAUUGAAAAUCUCAUUGGGCUUGAACGGUUGGAUCUUACUCAUUGCGAAAAUCUCAUAACUCUACCGUGCAACAUUUAUGGGUUGCAGAAUCUAGAGAGUCUUAAAGCGAGUAGAUGCUCAAAACUGGCUACAUUUCCAAAAAUUCCAGUAAAGAUGGAUUCCUUGAGAGAACUCUAUCUUGGACGCAGUGACAUAAGAGAAUUGGAUGAGUCAAUUGAAAAUCUCAUUGGGCUUGAACGGUUGGAUCUUACUCAUUGCAAAAAUCUCACAACUCUACCGUGCAACAUUUAUGGGUUGCAGAAUCUAGAGAGUCUUGAAGCGAGUGGAUGCUCAAAACUGGUUGCAUUUCCAAAAAUUCCGAUAAAGAUGGAUUCCUUGAGACAACUCAAUCUUGGACGCAGUGACAUAAGAGAAUUGGAUGAGUCAAUUGAAAAUCUCAUUGGGCUUGAACGGUUGGAUCUUACUCAUUGCGAAAAUCUCAUAACCAUGCCGCAUAAUAUUUAUGAGUUGCACAAUCUAAAGGCUCUUUAUGGGGAUAAAUGCUCAAAACUGGCUACAUUUCCAAAAAUUCCAUCAAAGAUGGAUUCCUUGAGACAACUCUCUCUUAUUGGCAGUGACAUAAGAGAAUUGGAUGAGUCAAUUGAAAAUCUCAUCGGGCUUGAAGAGUUGAAUCUUAGAGAUUGCAAAAAUCUCACUACCCUACCAUGCAGCAUUUAUGGGUUGGAAAAUUUAGUGAGUCUUUAUCUUGAUAACUGCUCAAAACUCGCUAGAUUUCCAACAAAUACGAAAAUUUUGAAUGUCGAUGGUUGCUCACUAUCACUUCCCAAGCUAGAGGUGUUUAGUAUCGCAGGAUGCAGUUUAUUAUCAGAUUGUGAUUUCCUGAUGACUCUUGAUUGCUGGGAAACAUUAGAGUUGCUUAAUCUGUCAAGAAACAAUUUUGUUAGUCUUCCUGCUUGCCUCACCAAAUUUGUCAACUUGCACGGGCUUGACUUGUCCGGUUGCAAGAGACUCCGAGGAAUUCCGGAGCUUCCACCAUUCGUUGAACUACUAAUAAGAGGUUUUGAAUCACUAGACAGAGAGGCGUGGCCGUUAGAUGAAGAUGAUUGUGAAUCACUGGACACAGAGGCGGCGUUGCCGUCAAUGGAAGAUGAUGAUGAAGAAGAACAGCUCCACGAUUUGUCGACAUUGACAAAUUGUGGAGCUGUGAUAAAGGCGUCGCCGUCAAUUGAAGAGCCAACUCCGUCGUCAUGGCUUUCUUUUUCUUUCGAAACUUCGAAACGACAUCGCAGCGCGGAAGAACCAUCACUGGCUGAGUUGUCAUGGCUCUCUCUUUCUCUCUCUACGGAACCAACACCAGUGAAUCCUCCGAAACGACAACGCACUGCCGCCGGGGGGGGGUUUGGGUAUGACCCUGUUUUGAGGUUGUCUUCAUCUGCUAUUUACUCAAUACUCAUCAAUCUUGUGAGUGUAGGAGGAUGGCUUUUUGUGUGGAAAAUUUCUGAAGGUCCAGAUGAAGGAGGUACACCACAAAUCACAGGAAAGAUUGUUAUUGCCAUUCAAAUAGUUGGUGAGGGGGAAGCUGUUCAUCCACGAGAUGUUCUGGUUGUUGGGGUUGGGAAGUGUGUUCUACAAAUUGAUACUACUAAAGUUGCAAAGGGUGAAGUCCCUUCUGCUGAGGUUCCUAUUAAGUGUCCUGUUGAAAAGCUCAUUGAUGGGUCCAAUUUGUUGGUAAACAUGAUGGAGAGGUGA